AUGGACCACCGAUCGACUUAUAUGCAAUCUCAUGGCAUGUUUCGCUUGCUCCCUUGGCCUUCGACCAUAGGCGGGAACAAGGUGAUGGAGGAAGUCAAGAUGCUCGCCCCGACCAACUGCACCAGUCUGACCGUGACAAAACGCAAACGAGCUGACUCUACCGCCGAUGCGCCCGCGACAAAACUGUGCACCGAAGCGACCCGACCGCGCCCGGUCAUCGCGACGGACACCGUUCCUCUCACACCCGCGCCAGCAACCCCUUCAAAUCCCUCAGAACCCUCAACUCCCCCGGUCGCAUCGCGUCCACCGGCGCAGGACGCCGCCCCCGGUGUGGCCCGACUUCGGGAAACCAUUUCCGCCCAACUGAGCUUGGAAGUGCUGCUCAAGCACAACGAACUCCGUCUGAUCGACCAAGAGAUCGCCAAGUGUCAGGUCGCUCUGGAACAGCUGCGACGGUGUGGCGAAAUUCCCUUCCCGGGCUCCCAGGCGGCACCCUCCACGGAUGUCAGCUCCGGCACCGGCGCGUCGCUGUUGGUACCUGGAAAUGGUCCAGCCGUCUCGCCGGCGCCCUGGGGAGUCACCGACGGGCCUUAUUCGCGACACUAUGCCCGGUGGCUGCUACCGGAUCCGCGCUUCGAUGGCGACUCUGGGAUGUUGGCUGGCACUGUUCCGGAGGGUCGUUCGACGCGUGGAAAUCCCGAUGUGACGAUGUUUGGAAACACCCGCCCCCAGCGCGGGUCUACCGGCGCGAAGCAUACAGCCCUGCCCAGCGGGUAUCCCAUGGUCAAGGAGAAGUCAGGUCCCAUGCUCAUCCGCCGCAAGUCGGAUGGAGUGUUGGUCAAGCUGGUUUGUUUGGAUUGCCGUCGCGACAACUUUUCGAGCACCCAAGGAUUUAUCAACCACUGCCGUAUCGCGCACAAUCGAAACUUCGCCAGUCACGAUGCCGCUGCCAUGGCGUGUGGUCAAUCGGUUCAAGUGGACGACGCUGGCCUGGUGGUCGGCAAUUCGGCUGAACCAACUGCCAACCCAACCACCCCGGGCUACGUUCACCCACUGAUUCGCUCCGACAUCAAUACUCCUUCUAAAUCGCUUCCCACUCCUGCCAAAGACGUCGUUACUCCUUGCAAACCCCCAACCACUGCCUCCGUUGCUACUCCUCCCGCUACCGACCCGACCCGCCGACAAUCUGCGCCCGUCAAGCUGCCGCCCAACCCCAGCUUCUUGGCCUCUCCCGCAACUCCUCACCUGUCCGCCCUGGUGAAAUCGCGAGGCGCUGGCCUUGACAUGAGCAAGUUAGUGCAAGAGUUCCAGCAGCCUGUGGACCUGGGCGCCUUCUCCGAUGGCGACUCCGACACGGACGACAAUCGGAACCAGAUUCAGGACGUGAGCGCCCGCGCAGGUCGCCAGCCAAUGCGCAUGCCCGCUGGACAAGCGCCCGAGCCCGAGAGCCGAAAGGCCCUUGAUCGCGCCCAUCCAAUGGAGCAGCCUACUCCCUCGCGGCCCCACUCCUUCCUGGACAUUUCCCUCGCCAGCCAAGCUCACGCCUUGGGACCUCACUCUGACCUGGACCACGCCAACCUGAGUCCUCAUGCUGUUGAAUCCAACCAAGCCCCGAGCUUGGUCAGUGACGACGAAGACGACUAUGAGGCAGCCUCUGAUUCCGACAGCCCUCCCUCCUCAGAGGCAGACGAAGAAGAACAAGCCUUCCGCCACAUCCAAGUCGAAGACGACGAGCGUGCCGCCGCAGCCCCUGCCGCCGCCGAAGCCAAACCAGGUCCUUCCCUGGCGAACCCUGCACCCCAACCCGGACCCCCAGUCCAACCCAUUAAGCGCUCCCGCUCCAAGAAGAUCUCGGGUAUGCCGUUUGACGACGGCGUCGGCUAUGUCCACCCAGAUCAGCGCGAUCGCAAAUGA